AUGGCGGCUCGGGGCGCGCUGCAGAGAAGCGCCGUAGCCCCCGCGGGAAGGCAUUCCGCCUCGCUCGUCUUUCUCCACGGUUCAGGUGACACUGGCCAAGGAGUGAGAGCCUGGAUCAAGCAAGUUUUGAAUCAAGAUUUGUCUUUCCAGCAUAUAAAAGUAAUUUAUCCAACAGCUCCUGUCAGACCAUACACACCUAUGGGAGGGUCCUUGUCCACUGUGUGGUUUGACAGAUAUAAGAUCUCUAACGAUUGCCCAGAACAUAUUGAAACCAUUGACUCAAUGUGCCAAGAGCUUACGGGUUUGAUUGAUGAUGAAGUUAAAAAUGGCAUCAGGAAGAACAGGAUACUCCUGGGUGGUUUUUCAAUGGGCGGAGGCAUGGCAAUGCAUUUAGCAUAUAGGUAUCACCAAGAUGUGGCUGGAGUGUUUGCUCUUUCAAGCUUUCUCAAUAAGAACUCUGCUGUCUACCAGGCAUUGAUGAAGAAUGAAAGUGAACUCCCAGAAUUAUUUCAGUGCCAUGGAACUGUUGAUGAACUAGUUUUGCAUUCAUGGGGUGAAGACACCAACAGGAUUUUGAAAUCGCUGGGAGUAUCAACAACGUUUCUUAGUAUUCCAAACCUUUAUCAUGAACUAAACAAAAUUGAGCUAGAAAAACUGCAAGCUUGGAUUUUGAAGAAACUGCCAGAGAAGGCAAAUGCUGAAUAACCAAUAAGGGAAAGGACUAUG